ACGUGACAUCAUGGCGUCUGGUUGUAUCAUGAAAUCAGGGAAUCUUGAGAUUUUUCUGAGGCAAAGAUGGUACAAAGUGCAAGCAGACUUAUCAGAGGAUACAUUAACUUUAUUAUUAGAAGAUGACGAGAAUAGCAAGGAUAGCGGCUUUGUUAAUGGUCGAACGACAUUUGAAAAUUCACAUGAAAACUCUGGCUUACCGGAUAAUAUUGCUGGUCAGAAACGGAUCGUCAGAGUUGUUAAAGAGGGAACGAAUGGUUUGGGUAUAAGUAUUAAGGGGGGUAAAGAAAAUAAAAUGCCGAUUUUGAUCAGUAAAAUCUUUAAAGGAAUGGCUGCAGAUAAGACGGAGCAGUUAUUUGUCGGAGAUGCUAUUUUGUCUGUGAAUAGCGAAGACCUAAGGGAAGCUUCGCAUGAUGAAGCCGUUAAAGCGUUGAAACGAGCGGGAAAAGUGGUUGAGUUGGAAGUGAAAUACUUACGAGAAGUAACGCCCUACUUUCGCAAAACGAGCGCCUUAAGCGAUAUGGGUUGGGGCAUUAGGGACGAGUCGUACGCGUCGGUUGAUAAACGUUAUUUACCAUUGAAGCUUGUCUACGUGACUCGAAAUCUUUCAUGGCCUGAGCCGGCCGAUAACAUGUUCGAAGUACACGCUCCAGACGGACUAAAUUGGUGCGCAUUUCGUUGUGCAGAUUCCGAUUCGGCAUUCUCAUGGUUCACCGCAAUUCAUAGUGCAGUGUCAGAACUUAAUCAUGUAGCUUUAUUAGAAUUGAACGAGACCAAGGAAGGUGCUGUAGCUGAUAUUAAGCACGUUGGUUGGUUAGCUAAAAUGUCGCACGUUGAAUGUUGGAAAGCGAUGUUUGCCGUUGUAACUGAAAGGGAUUUUAUAGUAUUUGACAAACCACCAUUAGAUGCAGAUUCGUGGUCUUCACCAAUAUUUACCCAUCCUCUCCUCGCAACUAGAAUAGUUCAUACCGGCUCUAAUGACUCUCUCCAGUUUGGAACUAGGACGGGUUGUCGUCACGGCGUCGAGUCGCACAUCUUCCGCGUCGACAACCAGAGACAUUUGUCGUCUUGGAUACGAGCCCUAGUAAAUGGCGCCCAUGGAGCAGCGGCAGCCGCUAAAGAGGUGUCUUGCUCCGUUAAUUGGAACGGCAGCGACGCCCGACUAACGGUUCAUUACGAAAAUGGAUUUAAUCUCUGCAAAGGCGAUAAUGUUCUGUGGCAAUAUCAAUUCGAAAGUCUGCGUUCAUCAAAAGAUGAUUCGAUACGGACUGUUACUUUAAACUUUGACUCAGCACAAUAUGAACUCGAUCUACAAUCAAACCCGAAACCAUUUGUUUUUAUUUUACAUACGUUCCUGUCAGCAAAGAUACACCGAUUAGGUUUGCUAGCCUGA